AUGGUAGCAUCACAAAACGACGAUAGAAGGGGCGGUGGUGAGUCUCCACCAACAAACGGAGCAUCAGCAACCCCCGCGGGAGACUCGUCGCCCCCAGACGAGCAUGAAACAGCAGUCUACACAGUCUCAGUGACCGGCGUGGGGUACAGAAAUGAAGGGUACAAAGAAGACGGUGCCGACGGAAUCCCCCCCGAGCCAACGAAGCCCCCGGCGCUUCCCGCCCCCGAGGAUGACACGCAAUCAAGGAAGUUCAAAUUAUCGCGCAGCGAAAAGUGGCGGAUCCUCAAAAAUAUCGGAACAGUGUCGAUAGCCUUCAUGGUCCAGUUCACUGCCUUCCAGGGGACGGCGAACCUCCAGUCCUCGAUAAACGCCUCCGAUGGUCUGGGAACAGUCUCGCUGUCCGCGAUUUACGCGGCGCUGGUGCUGUCUUGCAUAUUCGUCCCGACUUUCCUGAUAAAAAGGCUCACUGUGAAAUGGACGCUCUGCUUGUCGAUGCUCUGCUACGCGCCCUAUAUUGGAUCGCAGUUCUACCCGAGGUUUUACACCCUCGUGCCUGCCGGGGUGCUGCUCGGGCUGGGGGCGGCUCCCAUGUGGGCUGCCAAGGCCACUUAUUUAACUCAAGUCGGUGGGGUUUAUGCCAAACUGACUGAUCAACCUGCUGAUGCGAUUGUUGUCAGGUUCUUCGGGUUCUUCUUUCUUGCCUGGCAGACUGCUGAACUCUGGGGCAAUCUUAUUUCUUCUCUCGUUUUAAGUGAAGGAGAAUUCGGUGGCGAAGGUGACAUAAAUUCAACGCGCUACAAAAAACUAAAAAGUUGCGGCGCUAACUUCUGUGUGAUCGGAAACGGCGCGGAUGAAUCCUUGAAGCGUCCACCAGAUUCCGAGAUCUACGAGAUAUCCGCGAUCUACUUAACUUGCGUCAUCGUCGCUGUUAUUAUAGUCGCACUUUUUGUGGAUCCUCUUUCAAGGUGA